CAACUCAAACAAAAAGGAAAAAGAAAAUCAGCUUAGAAUUGAAAGAUUUUUGGAUGAAUACAGAGCGAUGAAGCCAAGUAGAUAUUCCUAUGCUGAUAUUAAGAGGAUAACAAGUCAAUUCAAGGAAAAGUUGGGUCAGGGGGCCUAUGGAACGGUGUUCAAAGGAACUCUUUCCUCAAAGUUACUUGUUGCUGUGAAAAUGCUCAACAAUUCAAAUGAAAAUGGGGAAGAUUUCAUAAACGAAGUGGGGACAAUGUGUCAAAUCCACCAUGUCAAUGUGGUUCGCUUGGUUGGAAUUUGUGCCGACGGAUUUAUUCGUGCUCUUGUUUACGAAUACUUACCAAAUGGUUCUUUGCAAAAUUUCUUAUCAUCAGUAGAUAAUAAGAAUUCAUUCAUUGGUUGGGAUAAGUUGCAAGAUAUCGCUCUAGGAAUAGCUAAAGGAAUUGAAUAUCUUCACCAAGGAUGCGACCAACGAAUCCUGCACUUCGAUAUCAAACCACAUAAUGUAUUGCUAGACCAAGAUUUCACUCCAAAAGUUUCUGAUUUCGGUUUAGCCAAGUUUUGUGCUAAGGAUCAAAGUGCAAUAUCGAUGACUACAGCCAGGGGGACCAUGGGCUACAUUGCACCCGAAAUCUUCUCAAGGAACUUCGGCAAUGUCUCCUAUAAGUCGGAUGUCUAUAGUUUUGGAAUAUUGUUGCUUGAAAUGGUUGGAAGCAGAAAAAACUUUAAAGUCAUGGAGGACUCCACUAGCCAAGUCUACUUCCCAGUACAUGUUAUAAUUGAGACUAAGAUAUAG